UUAAAAGCAGUGAAAUGUUGACCGAAAAAACGCGGAAAUUAAAAAGACUAAGUUAGAAGUAUUAAACUAAAGUUUCGUAAUAUUAAUUAAAUAGGUAGUUAAAAAUAAAUGAAGAUCAACGUUAAUUUAAAAAAAAAUGGCUACUUCCACCGUUUUACGUGUAAAACGUAGGCUUGAGGACAAUCCUCAAGAUGCUUUGGUGCUUGUAUGUAAACGGAUGAAAACCGACUCCGAGGAAGUUUCACCGUCGCUCUUCGUGUUUAGAGGCAGUGUGGAAAAUCAGGAACCUACACAUGUGAAAAUAAUAGCUCCAAACAACACAACAUUAAAACAAGUCACCAAUGUAAAUGAUAUAAUACAGAAAAUUCGUAAAGAAAGGAAACAAUACUCAACCGAAAGUCGUUAUGAAAUUGUAAAUUGCAGCAGAGGUUUGAGAGAGGAAACAGAUUUUGAUUUAGUUGAUUUACAAAAAAAAGAGGAUGAAAUAAAGGAUGUGGAAUACAUUUACGACUUGUACACACCGGCCAAAGAAGACUUUGAUAUAUCUAUGUUAGAUAAUUUAGUCAGUAUAGAAAACUAUGAAACAGACUUGAUAUUUGGCUCGUACAGAAAUAAUGGCCUACCCUCAUCCGAAGAAGACAGUGAAGACUCUAACGCUGAGAAUGAUUGGAGGAAUGAGUAUCCAGAUUCUGAUCCCAGUAGCAUUGAUGAGGAGGACAUGAUCAAGGCUGUUGAGAAUUGUAAUUUAGAAGACGACCUCUCAAGCGAUGCAGGUGAAGACAAGAUAUACGACGCACCGCCUGAUCUGUAUCACGAGGACGUUAAACGUUACGGUGAAGCGUACGCCAAGUACAAAGCAAGAGUCCUGGCAGAGCAACCAGAUUUAGCUAACCGAAGUGUUGCUGACAGUAACAAUUUAGCUGACAGUAGAAAUUUUGUGCAUUGCGCCAAAAUGGAUGGAGAGGGUUACAAAGAAGAUAGCGACGACGAUGGUUUCUAUUACGGUCAAGAAGAGGACUCAGAGCAUUUCAAAGAACAGUAUGCGGAUGUGAGCGACUCUUCUGAUGUUCAUGAACCGGAUUAAGUUUUUAAUAGAUUAAAAAAAAAACUCCAGUAUCCAUGGUAUAAGAUUUGCAUGCACGUAAUCUUCAUUGCUUUAAAGUCAUUCGUCAUUGUUUUGACGACCUCCCUGGCGCAACGGUGAGCGCUGUGAAAAUAAGUAGGAGGUCCCUGGUUCGAU